GCCCCACCCAGAGGAGGCGGAGCCCCGGGCUGCUAGGGACGUCGGCUUCCCCGUGGAGGGCGUCCGAGUACUUUUGUCCUUAGCGGCCCCUGAUCUUGGGACCAGAGAGAUGUGCCUACACCCGGCCAGACCAGCUUGCAGGUGGCUCCAGUCCGGGUAUCUGUCCCUAGCCACUGUUUAAAGCAACCUUAAAAUCUUGCAACUUUCUGAGGAGACUCUCACCUCCCACCAAGAGGGAGAUGCAUGGAUGUUAGGGGGAGUAGCUGCUACACAACAACCCGGAACCUACAGGUAGAACCUAGCCUGAGCCCCUCCUGUGAGUAUCGUCCAGCCCAGAGCCAGUGACAAGCUGUGAAAAACUGAGACCCAUGUCCCAGAUGGCAGAGACUAAAGACUCCAUUCAGCUUCGGCUGCUCAGCCUGGAGCUGCUGAAGCAGCUGUGGGCUGGGCACGAUGCCAUGUGUCGGUCAGUGGCCAGAGCAGCGUCAGAGUCAAACCUGGACUAUAGCAGCAGCGGCAACUUAGAGAUGCCACAAUCCCAAGAGAGUUCCUUCAGCUCCUCGGUGGCCCCAAGCUCGCAGGACAAAAGACAGGAGUGGGACCCACUGGACAGUCAUCGAGGAGGCACAUCUGAUAUGCCCUGGCAUGGCAAGGACAGCUACAGGGUGGACUCUUUACCAUCUGCCACAUGCCAACACCGGGAGCCCCAGGAUAAACGGCGGCCCCCCUCAGUACCCUUGCUAGCCACUGAAGGUCUGAAGGGGCCACCAAAAGGUCUGGGACCUCGCAAGACACAGGUUCCACAGUCCAUGCUGUCACGACCAAGCAAGCCAUCUAAGCCCAAAGUGACCUUCUCCCAAGAGUCUGCAAUGCCUGAGAGCAGCUGGCGCUUUCGGCCAUACCUGGGCUAUGAUUGGAUUGCAGGGUCCCUGGACACUAGUUCUCCGGUCACCAGCGAACCUGAGGCCUUCUUCUCCAUGCUUCAGAGGUUCCGAGAAGCCAACAGAGAGGAUUGUGUCUGCGACUCCCCUGAGGCUGUGUUCCCAGGCCUGCAGGAGAGCAGUGGUGUGGAAGAGAGCCACCAGUGUGUGUACUGUUACCGUGUCAACCGGCGCCUGUUCCCUGUGCCAGUGGACCCAGGUACCCCUUGCCGCCUAUGUGGGAUACCCCGGGACCAACAGGGACCUGAGAGUCUGGUGGAGCCUGCGCAAGUCAGGGUGAGCAUCCCCUUGUCCAUCCUGGACCCUCCACACCGCUACCGAAUUCAUAGACGGAAAAGCUUUGAUGCCUCUGACACCCUGGCUCUGCCUCGGCACUGUCUGCUGGGCUGGGAUAUCCUCCCUCCAAAGCCUGAGAAAAGCUGUGUCCCCAAGAGUCUUGACCUCUGGUCCUCUGUCUCCUGUGGAGCGCAGGGCCGACAUCUGUCAGCCACCAGCCCAUCCCGCCUGGCCUUGCCAGUGCAGGUCCCACCACCAGUCUGGUCAGAGCCUCAGGUUUCCCAGCUCCGUCCCGCCCACUAGAAGCCCUGCAGACUGACCACUGGAAGGGAACAGUAUUCUACCAGUGCCAUCAACCUCCCCUGAGGAGGCAGCACCUGAGAGAUGGAUGGACGCCCCUACAAUGAGGCUGAAACCUGACAAGCCGGAAGUGGUUGUGCUGUUGAGAUGGGAGGGUCCAGGCCUGGUGCUGGCCCAUCCUCCCUCCUCCUGGGGUAGGAACUCAAGGGUGGAGGGGGCGGAGACUCUGUCGGUAGUAUGCAAAUAAAACUCAGGGCCCUAUA